GAUGUCAAUAUAGGAAACACAAUAAUUAUUGUACAUGAUAAAUAUUGGUUGAAAAAUGUCAUACUUAAAUAAAAGUAGCAUUUUCAAGUUGUAGCAUUAAAUUAUUUUGCUAAUUAUCAAUUUGUAUGUUAUUUUAAUAGUUUUUUUGUUUAUUAAAACAAAUUUUUUAAACAGCAAUAAUGACUCACAAUUUUUUGAGGCUACUCAACAGGACUUCUCAGGCCCACUGUGUUUAUGAGCAGCAGCAGAGACUGGCUCGUUCAUCUCUGGUUGAUUUGUGCCACAGAAGAUGUUAUGCAAGGUAUAUCUACAGUGCCCAGGAUGGGCCAAGUGUACAGCAAUUUGGAGCCCAUUCCCCUGGGUGGCCCUUUGUCAGUGGUCCUAGUCGUUCAUAUUCUACACCACAGCGCUCGGGAUCCUUUUUUGGACGGAUGCUCGACAACUUACGAGAUGAAGCCAAAAAGAACAGCGACAUGAAAAGAAGUAUAGAAAACUUUAAAAAAGAUAUGGAAGAAUUGAAUAAAUCAGAGACUGUUAUGAAAGCAAGGGAAAAAUAUCAAAAGAUAGAAGAAGAAACUGCUGAAGGGAGUCGAAAGGCGCGGCAGACCUUGGAACAAAUCAAGCACAGAGUGUCCAAGACUGUAGAAGAAGCCCAGAACAAUGAAAUGCUACAAAAAGCUAGCAAGAUGUCAGAAGACGCGCGGGAGCGUGUAGCGCAGAUGGGCAGCCGCAUAUCGCAGACUGGCGAGAGUCUCUCCAAAACGCGCGGCGCUCAAACGGUGCGGCAGAUGACGUACGAGAUGGCGCAGGAGCUGCGCGCCAGCGAGCUCUCUGGCUCACGUACGAAGGUCUACAGGCCGCCUUCUGUACUCAGGAUGCGAACUGGAGUGAACCCUGAAGCAGAGCAGCGGAUUUUUGAGGCAAACACUGACGCGACUGGCGUGGUUCUUCACAAAGACUCGCGCUUCAGCCAGAGCUGGCAGAACUUCCGUGACAACAAUCCUUACGUGAACCGUGUCAUGGAGUGGAAGAACCGACUCGAUGAGAGUGACCACGUCAUCGUGCGCGCCACAUAUGUUGUCAAGGAAAAGAUAACGGAGAUACUCGGGCCGAUGUUCAACAGCACCGACCUGUCCAAAACCCUGACCGAGAUCUGCAAGAUGGACCCUGACUUCACCAAGGAGGCUUUCAUGCUCGAGCUCGAGUACGAUAUCUUGCCCAAUAUUCUAGAGGCCAUGUUUCAACCCAACCUCAAGAUCCUCGAAGACUGGUCGUACGAGCGCGCCUACUCCAUCGUUGCUGCCGAGGUGAAGCAGAAUGCCAUUCUGGGACACCACAGGAAAAUAAACGUGCUCGAGUUGGACAACUUAGAACUGAUGAUGGGCAAGGUGUUGGACGAGGGACCGGUCCUGGCGUUCAUGUUCAGGGUGCAGCUCAUCGACUGCACAUACAACUCCCAAGGCGAGAUCGUGGCUGGGGACAAGGACUCGGUGGUGCGGCGACAGUAUGUGAUGGUCUUCUGCCGUGACCAGGCCGAGCUAAACCCUCGCGCAGCCUGGAAGCUUCUCGAGUUCACGUACAGUUCUGCCACACAACUUGUAUAAAUUUGUUGAGUACGAGCCUCUCUCCCCUUUACAUAUUAUCUCUACAGCUGUUGAAGGGCAUCAAAAUAAACGAGUCGUUAGGAA